AGCCAUAAAUGCCGCACGGACACGCCACUCACCGUCACCACCACCGCCGGCGUGCACCGACUGAGUAAAAGUCAAGAUGGCGACCGAGGGUCAGGCUGAGUACGAGUCGGUCCUCUGUGUCAAACCCGAAGUCAGCGUUUACCGAAUCCCACCGAGAGCGUCUAACCGGGCUAUCAGGGCUGCCGAUUGGAAGCUGGACGCUCCCGACUGGACGGGACGCAUGCGUGUGACGGCCCGGGGCAAGCUAGCCUCCAUCAAAUUGGAAGACAAAAUCUCUGGGGAGCUGUUUGCCCAAGCACCAGUGGACGAGUACCCCGGCACCACAGUGGAAACAGUUAGUGACUCAAGCCGUUACUUUGUGCUCCGCAUCCAGGAUGACAACGGCCGCAGUGCGUUCAUAGGCAUCGGGUUUGGAGACCGAGGCGAUGCCUUUGACUUCAAUGUUGCACUUCAGGACCACUUCAAGUGGGUGAAACAGGAAGAUGAGUUUAAGAAGCAGGCGCAGACUCCAGACACCACCCCUAAACUGGACCUGGGCUUCAAAGAAGGACAGACUAUCACUCUCAAUAUAGGGCAAUCAAAAAAGAGGGACAGGUCUCGCCCGCAGAGUACUGGUGGAUUUGGGCUUCUUCCGCCUCCUCCCGGGGGCAAGUUAGCCCCACCUCCUUCCAAAUCUUCCAAUCAUAACACACAGCCAUCUGCAGGAGGAAGUGACACUGGUUGUUUGCUAGAUCUGGACGCCAGUAACUCAAACUCAGCGGCUCCAUCAGACGCCACCACCACAGCCAGCUCUGACCUGUGGGGAGACUUUGACUCUGUAUCCCCGAAGUGAGAAGGGGUGCACUUUGUUUUUUCUCCCUCUUAUAUCUCUCUCUGUAAAUGUAAGCAGCACUUCUUUGCAUUUCUUUUCCCCCGUUGUCGGGUCCCGGUUCUCUCCCUGCCAAGCAGGGUAACCCCCUGUCCUAGUUAGUUCUGUUUGUGUUCAGACCCUCAUGGCUUUUGGUCUUAGCCGGAGAUAUACCCAGACCUCAUGGUCCAGUCUUAAUUGAGGCCGUCACGCUCUCCAUCCAUCCUCCUCCCUCUCCGUCUGUAUAUCCACUCCUGUUUGAAUUCUGCUUUUUCCCCAUUUUCUCCUCUUCUCAAUGUUUUAUUUGCUGAUUUCUAUCGUAGAGUAUACACAAUAGAAAUAUGAGCAAGGGAGACAUAAUCUGAAACAUCUGAUGAUGACAUCUAAUUAAAUAUGAUAAUGAAUGAAUUUUCUGUACAGAGAAUAUUUAUUUUAAAUGUAUAUAUUGUCGGUAGUUUGUAAUUACUGUCAAUGGUGUUGUCACCUGUAUGUUCGGUAGCUUAUUUAGUCUCCAAGUCCCCAGCAGUGGGUCUGACUAUAUGCACUGACUGGCAGUCCGCUCUGUCUAUGUAGUUAGUAAUGCAUACAGUCUGCAUUUAAUGCAGGGCUCGUUUAAAUAGACUUGCACUGCUGUUCAGAAGUAUGAAGUCAGCUAUUAUGUUGAUGUGUUUCUUCUUACCUUCAAUAAUGUAAUAAUUCAGACACCAAACGUAUUGUUUACAUUUUAAAUAGUUUGGCUCGCAAAAGAAGUUUGAUGAGAAUUAAAUGAUUAAAACUUCAAUGAUUAAAAUGUUUAGUCGAUGUCCCCACGUUUUUUCAUGCCAGGGGGAGAAUACUGUUGGAACCAUUUUUCCUCCAAAUAACCUUUUGAUUUUGAAUUAAUUUUACAUUCCUCAAAAGCAUAAGUGACCCUCGAUUAUUAUUAACUCGGUGGAAGAGGUUUCAACUGAUUUGUCCGGCCAUAGCAUGUUCAGCUGAUAUUCCAAUAGAGCUAAUGUAACCCCAGACUAACCUUCUAUUUCUAUUGUGACGUUUUAAGAAGAGCUUUGCUGAAUCAACAUAACUGUUUGUAUUCCAGCUUGUUGGAGGCUUUGUUGUGCACCAGACACUGAAACAGGAAGCUGUUCCUAUUUAAAUCUGCACACAUUUUGAUGCUAAGCUUCCAGUUUCUUUAGCUUAUGGCGGGUCAUUUCCUCUACUCUUUUUCAACUGUUGCUCUGAUGGAUCUUUGUCUUUUUCUGCCCUUUCAGUUGUCAGUCUUGUUGAACAAUUGUACAGCGUUUUUGUUUUCCAGGUACAAAAAAUGAUCAUUCUUUGCAAACCUUUCAUACAAAAUAAUAUCUAUUUGUAAAGAGGACUUUCUCCAACCUAAAAGCAUGAAUUUAACUGAAGCGAAUCAAGCUCUUUUGACCGGCGAUCUCCAACUUUUGAACAGCAGUGUAGGCUAAGAGUUUACCACACAAUGAAUUUACUUGAAAGAAGCUGAUUUACAGAUUAGUUGUGCUCUCUAGCGCCCUCUGGUGGCUCUACAUCAUUUUGAGAUGAGAUGUCAAAUUGAGCUGCAGCUGUUGAACACAUAUUUCACUGGGGAUGGGUCCUUGGCACUGUGUGCAUUCUUUGAACUGGGAAGUAGAAAAGUUUAAAGUGAUAGGGUGUUGGCGAAAGAAAUGGAGGCAUCAAGCGCUUUCAUCUUUGCCUCAAGGGGAAACCGAAAAGAUUUAGUCCUCGUUAUGUCAUCUCUGCUCAGCCCAGCUGUUAAAGCUGCGACUGGUGAGUCAUUUAGGUCACGACCUCGCUCCUCCUUGAUGAAUAGGUCUGUGUUUUUGCACUGUCCCGUCUGUCUGGGGGGGGGGCUUCAUCUCCUUGAUUCUUUAUGAGAAGGUGGUCAGGACCUCAAACACAGCAUGUUGUACUGUACAAACUUGAGUUUUAACUGUGAACUUCAAUUCCACGCUAAGAUGUAACGUCGUUGAUGGUAUUCUGAUGCAACCUGGGACCAAGCCGGUCUGUGUUUGAUGCAGUGUGUUGUGCUAUAGUCAUGUACAGAGAGAUAAUUAUGUUGCAGCGAUGUCACAUGUGGUGUGACGCUGAUGAUGGCUAUUGAUUGGAACACACAUAGAUCGUGUGAGUGUAAAGCUCUAACCAGUGUUUGUCAGUGUUUGUUUACUGUUUAAAUUAUAUGCAUCUCUCCCAAAUGUGACUUGUUAUUCAAACUGUAUAUGUGUAUGUAUAUGCAAAGAAAAAACAUAAAGAUAUCACUCGGUGACCAUAACUUUAAUUUGUUGUUGUUUCUCCUGAAUAAACAGAGCGAAAAAUAACAUCAAUAAACAAAUAAUGAACAAA